CUAUCUUUCUUCUCUCUUUUCUUUUCUUUUCGCUCUUACGAUCUCUGUUUCUCUCUCUGGUAUUUCUUUCUUCUUCUCUUCUCUCUGUGUCUGUCUCUCUCUCUAGGCAAGAGAGGGCUCCAAUUUUUGACUCUGUCUCUCUAGGGUUUCUCGGAAUCAACACGGGGUUGGGUUCAGGCGCGAGAUCCAGGUUUUUUGAAUUGGAUUUCUUCUCCACUUACAUAAUAAUUCAUAAACCCCCAUUCUUCCCCCCUCCUCCUCUCACUCCCUCUCCCUCGGCCUCUCUAGGGUUCGGGUGUGUGAAGCAUUGGUGUUGUGUGACUUCAAUGUCUCGACCCAUUUGCCAUUUCUUCUUUCUUCAAUUCGAUCUAGGGUUUCUUUCUGUCAAUUCCUUCGGUGCGCGUAUCUAGUGAGUGUUCCUUCUUCCGUUUUCAAUCCUUCUUUCGGGUGCUAUUUUUCAAUGUAUUCCUACUGCCCCAUAAUUUCCUCACUUGACAGGAUCUUGCGAGAGAAUAUUUGUUCCAAGUAAAUAGAAAGCCACUUUCUUUCUCUCCCCUUUUCGUUUCUUAACCUCACAAGUGAUUUUCUUGGUUUGUUUCGGUUCUGAAUUUAUGCCGGAGUUGAUUCUCCCCUGCUAUAUCUGUCGAUAUCACCGUGUUUAAUAUUGUGCGGUGUUGCUUGAGAAUCGGCGCAUCCUGUAUCAGAUGUAUUGCUGAGGAUACCUCUAAGACCUGACAUUGAUUCUUUGGCUUCAUUGUGAUUCCAAAGUGCAAGGGUAUCAGUAAAUGAAUACGGUAAACAUGCAUUGAAUUGAGCUAUUGAGCAUUGGCAAGGAUUUAGAGUUGUGGAUCUGAUUAUGUUACCAAACUGAAGUUUAGAGUGGAAGCUGACAUGUGCAUUAACUGGAGGUCAGUCUUAUGGCCCCAACUGUUCCAAUAGAUUUUGUUGGGCAGAAAGAAUCCAAGAAGUUUGGUCUUUCACAAUCAAUGGGGAAGUCACGGAAGUUUUCUAAAGGUCACUCCUCGGGUUUCUUUCCUGACUACAGGCACGGUGUUGAGACUAUGGGGGAGUCUGAGGGGUUUGGCAGCUCGGGUCGUGUGGAGACCGAGAUGAUUACAUCUGAGAAUUCUUAUGCUCCCAAGAGGAAAUGUGUUAGUUUGAAUCUAGUUGGUUAUGAAAGUUUUGGCGUGCCAAUGCAGGUUCUAUCUUUGUCAAAGAUGUCCAAGUCAGAGAGGAAGAAUUUGGAAUUAAGGUUGAAAACUGAACUUGAACAAGUUAGGAUAAUCCAGAGGAAAGUAGCUUCUUUCAGUUCAAACACUGUUUUAUUAUCCCCCCACAGUGAUAUACGAAGCUGUAGUGAUGGUCUAAAGAGGCCUCCAUUAGAGGGUUUGCUUCAGUCAGCUGAACCAUUUGCUCCACAAAGCAAGAAACAAGUUCCUGGUGGACGUCAUGGUGCCCGCCCUAAGAAUGGGUCCUCUGGGCACGUGGAAGCCGUGAAGCCUGCCGCACAAGCAAAUCCUAGUAAUACUCUUUUACUGAAGCAGUGUGAGAGUUUGUUGAACCGCCUAAUGACACAUCAGUAUGGAUGGGUGUUUAACACCCCAGUUGACAUCGUAAAGUUGAAUAUACCAGAUUACUUUACCAUCAUUAAACACCCAAUGGAUUUGGGCACAGUUAAGAGCAAGAUCACCUCGGGGGAUUAUUCUAGUCCUUUGGCCUUUGCUGCGGAUGUGCGACUUACAUUUGCAAAUGCUAUGAAGUACAACCCUCCUGGAAAUGAUGUACAUGUUAUGGCUGACUCUCUCAAUAAAUACUUCGAAGUCAGAUGGAAAAAUAUAGAGAAGAAGCUUUCUGUAGUUGCAUAUGAUGAAUCAAUGCCUUCAAGUACUGCUGAUGGGGAAAUCGAUACAUUAGGUAGUGUACAACCUCCAAAAAAGAAGAAAAUCACACCCACUAAGAAUAAGGUCAAGGCACAGCCCGUUAGGCCAGUCAUGACUGAUCAACAAAAGCAGAACUUGAGUGCUCAGUUGGAGACUUUGCUGACUGAAUUGCCAGAAAGCAUUAUUGAUUUUCUCAAAGAGCAAAGUAGUAAUGAUGGUCGUGGAGAUGAGGAAGAGAUUGAGAUUGACAUUGACGCACUAAGCAAUGAUACAUUGUUUAAGUUAAGGAAGCUUUUGGAUGACUAUUUACUAAAAAAACAGAAAAGCCAGGCUAAAGCAGAACUAUGUGAAAUGGAGCUUAUUAACGUUUCUGGAUUAAGCAAUUCAUCAUUGCAGCCAUACAAAGACAAUGAUCCAGUUGAAGAAGAUGUUGACAUUGUUGGAGGAAAAGAUCCCCCUGUUUCAAGUUAUCCCCCCAUUGAGAUACAGAAAGAGGCGGCUCAUAAUACCAUUAAAUGCAGUCAUUCAAGUAGCUCUAGUAGUGAAUCAGGCUCUUCUUCCAGUGAUUCGGAUUCCGGAAGUUCAUCUUGCAGUGAGCCUAAUGCAGUUAAAGCAUCAGCUCCUGGUAUUGUUUCCAAGGGAAGCAUGGCAGUGGAGGAAACUUCAGCCCAAAAGGGUAGUGCUAAUAGUGACUUGGUCAUAAGAAAUCAAUCUAUAGAAGGGGUAGCCCAGACUGAGGUUAAUUUCCAGGACAAGUCAUUAGUGGCUGAAGCAGAUGGACAUCCAGAGGAGGAGGAGAGUGCUCCACCUGAAAGGCAAGUCUCCCCUGAAAAGAUGUAUCGAGCAGCCUUGUUGAGGAAUCGUUUCGCAGACACCAUACUUAAAGCUCGUGCGAAGGCACUUGAAAAGGACGAAAAGCUGGAUCCUGAGAAAUUGCAGAAGGAGAAAGAGGAACUUGAACGACGGCAGAAAGAAGAAAAAGCUCGGUUGCAAGCAGAGGCGAAAGCUGCAGAAGAGGCCAAGAGAAAAGCUGCAGCUGAAGCUGCAGCUGAAGCGAAGAGGAUAAGAGAACUGGAAAGAGAGGCAGCGCGACUGGCAUUGCAACAGAUGGAGAAGACUGUGGAGAUCAACGAGAACAGUCAGUUUAUGGAAGACCUGGAAAUGCUUAGGACAACCAAUGAUGAGGAGGUGCCUAGCUUUAUGGAAGAAACGCUGAGCCCAGAGCACAACCCCCUUAAUGCUUUGGGCAGUUUCAAUCUUCGAAGUAAUCCACUAGAACAACUUGGUUUAUUUAUGAAGGACGAUGAAGAGGAAGAAGAGACGGCAGAGAAAGAACCCCUAGAAGAGAUGGGGGAAGGAGACCCCCCCAAGUGUACUGAAAAUCUAGAGAAAGAUGCGGAGGAAGCGGGAAAGGAUGUUGAGGAAGGGGAAAUCGACUGAAUAAUAUGGGUUCGUUUUGGCUGUUGGGACAUCGUGAUGGAGUCACCUGCCCUAUAUCCAGCUUUUAGAAUUGUGUGACCCGUACUGGUGUGCGCCUCCAUCCAUGUCUCCAGCCUUGGAUGGAACCCCGCGAUGAUGUCACCUGCCCUAUACCAGCAAUGUUGUGGAGAUCAAUAACAAUCUUCUGUAAGGGAAAGGUAAUCGAAGUAUAGUCUCUGGAUCUUGGUUGAAGUGUUGCAUACUGGUGGGUCAAUAUAGCUAGCUGAUACCAAGUGUUUUGGCAGCUGCUUAGUAUACUGUCGGCGACUGCUGCCAGGCUACCACUGGCUGGUGAGACAAGGGUGGGAAUUUGUUUUUCAUUCCUUUUUUUAGGGGGGGGAGGGGUCAUUCCCAUGGCUGUAAAGAUGGGAAAUCCAAGCUUUGUAAAUUGCCCAUUUAUUUCUCUAGUAUUUUACUGAGAGGGCACUGCGAUGGGUGUUGGAUAAGGUUUGUGAUAUAAACUGGAGGAUAUAAUUUUGGACUGCGGCGAUGAUGAUGUUUCCACGACAUGAACUAGGAUGCUAUUGAUUCCACGACAUGAUGCAAGAACAAUUGAAUAAUUGCUUUCUUUUGUUGAUA